AUGAUUCCAAAGACUCUCGUGGUAGCUGGUGCAGGCGUUGUAGGUCUUGCAAUUGCACGAACAGCAGCUUGUCGAGGAUUACAAGUAUUUGUUCUUGAGAAAAAUGCCUUUGUGGGACAGGAGACAAGUGCACGCAAUAGUGAAGUUGUCCAUGCGGGUAUCUACUACACUAAAGAGAGCUGGAAAGCUCGACUCUGUAUCAAAGGACGAGAACAACUCUAUGCUUUCUGUGAUGAAUAUAAUGUACCGUAUCUCAAGUGUGGCAAACUCAUUGUAGCUCACUCGCAUCAAUUGAAGCAACUGCGAGCGAUUCUCAAACGUGGACUAGCAAAUGGUGUCACUGACUUAAAGCUUUUGACACAAACUGAAGCACGUGCUAUUGAACCAUUUGUAAACUGUGACGAGGCAAUAUUCUCACCUUCAACGGGUAUUGUUGACUCUUAUGGAUUUAUGAUGGUAUUACAAAGUGAGGCAGAAAAUUAUGGUGCUGUUGUGGUACCGAGGACAAAAGUCCAAAGCGGGUUGUUCAAUUCAAAAUCGAAAACAUUUUUGAUUCAAGCAGUACAAGGAGGUGACAAUGACAUACAAGAGGUAGAAUGUGACUAUUUUGUUAAUGCUAUUGGUAUGUUUGCACCGACUUUACUGGACAAAGUCGUUGUAUCGGAUCGAGAGAUUUUCAAGUUUAAAAAACCUACUCUUCCGGAUCUCUUUGCGAAAGGAACGUACUUGAAACUUCGCGAAACGAAUCGUCCAUUCACCCAUCUAAUAUACCCGAUUCCUGAGGUUGGUGGACUUGGUGUACACGCAACAAUUGAUCUGACUGGAAAUGUUCGCUUUGGUCCUGAUGUUGAAUGGAUCAAUGAAAUUGAGUAUCGACCAAAUCCUUUGAAAGCCGACAAAUUUGCUGAUAGAAUUCGUGAUUAUUGGCCGGAUAUUCAUGCUGACAUGUUAAACGCUGACUAUUGUGGUAUUCGACCGAAAAUUGCAAUUGAUGGCAAAAUUUUGGAAGAUUUUUACAUUGCGGAUAAGUAUACACACCGCAUUCCAGGCCUUGUGCAUCUAUGUGGUAUCGAAUCGCCUGGACUAACUGCCUCACUUGCUAUUGCCGACACAGUUGUCAAUAUGUUGCAAGAUAGCGAUGUGAACUCUCCAUCUAUUCAUUACCAGCUAUAA